CUGGAAUAGGGACGAGACGACUGACAGUAGGCUUUAAAAAUUGACGCUUCUUUUUUUGCUUUUUAACUUCUCGGUUAGAGACGUGUUUUUUUUUUUUUUAAUAGCAGUUCUGUUUAGUUUUUUUGUUUGUUUACAUUCUCUAAAAUGCUUUCUGCUCGCUCUCCUCUGUCUUCCAAGAACGAAAACGCAAUCGUUUCAAAUAUGGCCAGCGUUUCUUUGACUGAUAAGGAGAAUACACCUCCAAGCAUGAACACGACCAAAAUUUUAGCAUCGAAAACGGCAAGGAGGAUAUUUGAAGAAAGUGAAGGAAAGUCAAAUGACAAAAUCCAAGAAGAGCCUCUCUUGAAAGACAAUCCUCGCAGAUUCGUCAUCUUUCCCAUCCAGUACCAUGACAUCUGGCAGAUGUACAAGAAAGCCAUGGCCUCUUUCUGGACAGCAGAAGAGGUUGACCUCUCCAAAGACAUUGUGCACUGGGAAUCUCUGAAAAAAGAAGAAAGAUACUUCAUCACUCACGUACUUGCGUUCUUUGCUGCAAGUGAUGGCAUAGUUAAUGAGAAUUUGGUGGAGCGCUUUAGCCAGGAAGUGCAAGUCACUGAAGCCCGUUGUUUCUAUGGUUUCCAAAUUGCCAUGGAGAAUAUUCACUCUGAAAUGUACAGCCUGCUUAUUGAUACCUACAUCAAAGAUCCCACAGAGAGGGAGUACCUGUUUAAUGCCAUUGAAACCAUGCCAUGUGUAAAAAAGAAGGCUGACUGGGCUAUGAACUGGAUUGGAAACGAGGAAGCACAAUACGGUGAACGUGUUGUGGCCUUUGCUGCAGUUGAAGGAAUCUUUUUCUCUGGAUCAUUUGCUUCUAUAUUCUGGUUGAAGAAACGAGGGUUGAUGCCUGGGCUGACCUUUUCUAAUGAACUCAUUAGCAGAGAUGAGGGUUUGCAUUGUGACUUUGCGUGCCUUAUGUUCAAGCACCUCGUGAAUAAACCCUCGGAAGAAAAAGUGAAGGAAAUCAUCAAGGAUGCUGUCUGGAUAGAGCAGGACUUUCUAACAGAUUCAUUGCCAGUGGACUUGAUUGGAAUGAACUGCACUUUAAUGAAACAGUACAUCGAGUUUGUGGCCGAUAGGCUGAUGCUGGAGCUGGGUUUCAGCAAGAUCUUCCGUGUGGAGAAUCCUUUUGAUUUUAUGGAGAACAUCUCCUUGGAAGGAAAGACCAACUUCUUUGAGAAGCGGGUAGGAGAGUAUCAGAGAAUGGGCGUGAUGUCCAAGCCAACAGAGAAAACGUUCACAUUGGAUGCAGACUUCUAAACUGGCUUCAGAAUUUUGCAUUAAACUGGUUAUUUCAUGUAAUGCUUGAAGGAGGGUUGGUAGUACAUGCCAUACCCUCCUGGAAUAGCCCCUCCUGCAGUGCUAGCUUUCCACAUUUUCAAAAAUGUGGAGAAGAAUUGGACUACUUGGACAAACAAAACCUGUUUGUCACUACAUAUUUACAUUUUAAUGUCAUACAUUUUUAUUGUAUGUGUAUAUAGUUAUUUGCAUUUUGUGAAGAUUUAAAUAAAUACAUUUUACUAUGGCUACAGGUGUCUGGAAUAGGGUGGUAUAUUUUGAAGCAAGAAUGGCAAAAGUGGGGGUGUUGGGGCAAAGCAGGUGUUUAUUAAAUUCAGCUGUACUUCAUUAAAGAUGACAACCUAGUUAGCCUGCAUACAACUAGCUGGGGGAGGUUUAACUGGCAAGCGCGUCAUGAGCCAAAAACCUUAAACCUGUAAAUUGCCUCCUGUGUCAAUUCCAGCCACUGUCUAGUAAUUGAAAGCCAUUUAAAAUCACUUUCGUCUGGAUUUGUGCACGAGACCUGUCUGAAGCUGCAAUGCAAAUUGACAGGUAGUAUGUUUUUUAUGUUUUGCAGUAUGCAAGGGACUGAGUGAGAGGUUUCUAUUUUGAGUUUGGUUAGUUCGGGCAUAUAGGCUGUGCAGUGCUACCAUCAAAUUGCAAAAGCCAGUUGCCUGUAUUUUGAUAUUUUCUGUUUAUUCACUCCAUGUAGGAAGUUUGAGUUCAGUGUUCAUUAUCUUUUGAGUUCUCAAACUAACAUGAAUUAAUGAUCCAGACCAGUUGUCCCAGGUGAUUAUCGGAUCUAAAGGGUUCAUCUUGUAAAUGUACAGAGACGGGUAUAAUGCUCCAUCAGGAUUUGUCGUUGACCAUGGCCCGGGGCCAGUAGAGUGCAGUUUGGCCGGUAGUUAUGAAGCACCCACCAGCCUGACUGGGCUGGUAACACUUUUAAACUGUGUAUAAUGUAUGUAGUGUAGUCCACGUGACUUCUGUUUUAUGAACACAUGAAAAUGGGUCAGUGUCCCAAAAAGCUGAAAAGAAUUUACAAACCCAUUUAAAAGCAUACCCACCCAUGAUAGCAGCAUAACUAAACUCGUCAGGACUUUACUGUCGUAUGUUGUACAGUCGGCAACCAAGACUAUGAACUGAAAUACAUCUUGGUAAUCCUAUCUCAACAUGGCUUUUUUUUAACUGAGCAACCAACUGCACCAAUAAGCCAAAAGUGA